CGAUAUUAGUAACGCGCGAAUAGGCGCUCGCAUGACACUUUCAGAGCCAUUUCAAGCCAUUUUACUCUCGCCGCAAGCAGUCCGGAGUUGAAACGCGCUCGCAUCUCGCAGAGAGCCGGUGAUUCGGUGUGACUCGCGCUGGAUAAACUGAACAUAGCCUCGCCCUUGUGUCUGAUCUUUUUGCAUCGCCGCGUCGUUUCUUUUUGCAUAUUUGACAUAAUUGGAAGCAACAUAGCCAGGAGCACAGAAAAAAACGUGACAGGAUAAACUCGCUUGUCGGAGACAUGAGUUACCCGAUGUCGUCCAAUCAGUCUAGACCGAUGUCUCAUGGAAAUUACCAGGGCCCGGGCGACUUGCCCAUGGGCUCUGCAAAGGAACAGACCCUCAUGUGGCAGCAGAAUUCUUACCUAAGCGAUUCAGGUAUUCAUUCCGGCGCUGUCACUCAAGCACCGUCUCUGUCAGGCAAGGAAGAUGAAGAGAUGGAAGGGGAUCAGCUCAUGUUCGACUUGGACCAAGGAUUUGCACAGGGUUUCACACAAGAUCAAGUUGAUGAAAUGAAUCAACAACUGAGUCACACUCGGUCUCAGCGGGUGCGCGCUGCUAUGUUUCCCGAGACGCUGGAGGAAGGUAUCGAGAUACCAUCCACGCAGUUCGAUCCAGCACAACCCACCGCUGUACAGCGACUGGCCGAGCCGAGUCAGAUGUUGAAGCACGCUGUCGUCAAUUUGAUCAAUUAUCAGGAUGACGCCGAUCUCGCGACGCGCGCUAUUCCGGAAUUGAUCAAGCUCUUGAAUGACGAGGAUCAAGUGGUUGUUUCUCAGGCAGCUAUGAUGGUACAUCAGUUAUCGAAGAAAGAAGCUUCUCGUCACGCUAUCAUGAACAGCUCGCAAAUGGUAGCUGCAUUAGUACGCGCCAUUUCCAACAGCGACGACCUGGAGUCAACAAAAGCUGCUGUCGGCACCCUGCACAAUUUGUCUCAUCACAGGCAGGGUUUGCUGGCCAUCUUCAAGAGCGGCGGCAUACCAGCUCUUGUGAAGCUGCUCAGCUCUCCAGUAGAGUCAGUACUUUUUUAUGCCAUAACGACUCUCCAUAACUUGCUGCUUCAUCAGGACGGCUCCAAGAUGGCUGUGCGUCUUGCGGGGGGCUUGCAGAAGAUGGUCGCUCUGCUGCAACGAAACAACGUCAAGUUCUUGGCUAUUGUUACCGAUUGUCUGCAGAUUCUGGCGUAUGGAAAUCAAGAGAGCAAGUUAAUCAUUCUUGCUUCGCAGGGUCCGAUAGAGCUUGUGCGCAUCAUGCGCUCCUAUGAUUAUGAAAAACUAUUGUGGACCACUUCGAGAGUAUUGAAAGUACUAUCUGUAUGCCCCAGUAACAAACCCGCAAUCGUAGAGGCUGGUGGCAUGCAAGCGCUCGCCAUGCAUCUCGGAAAUCCGAGUCAGAGAUUAGUGCAAAACUGUUUGUGGACAUUGCGCAAUCUAUCAGACGCUGGCACGAAAGUCGACGGGCUCGAAGUCUUACUGCAGAGUCUCGUGCAGGUGCUUGGGUCAACGGACGUGAACGUUGUCACAUGCGCCGCUGGCAUUUUAUCAAAUCUUACAUGCAACAAUCAGCGUAACAAAGUGACUGUUUGUCAGGUUGGAGGCGUCGAAGCUCUCGUUCGUACGAUCAUCAAUGCCGGUGAUCGGGAGGAAAUUACUGAACCAGCAGUGUGCGCCUUGCGCCACUUGACCUCGCGUCACGGAGAAGCGGAAAUGGCACAAAAUAAUGUCCGAGUUAAUUUUGGUAUUCAGGUCAUAGUCAAAUUACUCCAUCCUCCGUCGCGUUGGCCGUUGGUGAAGGCAGUUAUCGGAUUAAUCCGUAAUCUAGCUCUUUGUCCUGCAAAUCACAUCCCGCUACGCGACCACGGCGCAAUACAUCAUCUCGUGAGACUUCUAAUGCGCGCAUUCCAGGAUACACAACGACAACGAUCAUCCGUGGCCAGUACUGGUAGCCAACAGACUUCGGGUGCGUAUGCGGACGGAGUACGUAUGGAAGAGAUUGUGGAGGGCUCAGUUGGUGCACUUCAUAUUUUGGCAAGAGAAUCCCAUAAUAGGGUGAUAAUCCGAUCACAGAACGUGAUUCCAAUUUUCGUUCAAUUACUGUUCAACGAGAUUGAAAACAUUCAACGCGUGGCUGCCGGCGUACUUUGCGAACUGGCGGCUGACAAGGAGGGCGCCGAGAUGAUAGAACAAGAGGGUGCUACCGCCCCAUUGACAGAGUUGCUUCACUCCAGAAACGAGGGUGUUGCAACUUACGCAGCGGCAGUGUUGUUUCGCAUGAGCGAGGACAAGCCACAAGAGUACAAAAAGCGACUUUCCAUGGAACUGACGAAUUCCUUAUUCCGCGAAGACACCAACUUGUGGAACAACGCUGACUUUAGCAUGCCACCAGAUCUCCAGGACAUGCUUGGCCCUGAUCAAGGCUAUGAUGGUAUGUAUGGGCAAGGACCUCCUAGCGUACACAGCAGCCAUGGCGGUCGGGGUUAUCAGCCGCAAGGUUAUGACCAGAUACCAGUAGACUCGAUGCAAGGCUUAGAGAUAGGUGGUGGAUCGACGUAUGGUCCAAUGGACACUAUGGACGUGGCGCACGAGGGUGAUUUGAGUUUCGAUCAUUUGGAAGACCUUCCCGCACCGCCGCAAGAUAACAACCAGGUAGCAGCCUGGUACGAUACCGAUCUCUGAAUCCGUGCCAUCACCGAUCUUGCGUGAGAAAAAGAAAGAAAAAGAGAAGAAGGGAUAAAACAAAAAAAAAUUAAAAUAUUAAAUAUUAAAAUAAAAACAAAAUUGAAAAAAAAAGAAGGAAUACUGCACGGUGGUCUAUUCAGCCGUCGUAUGCGGUAAAUCUAUGACCAAUCACACACGACGUUCGUUUUAGACUGUUUUAUUUACAAGACUCAUUUUCGUCAUGACGUAGUAUAUAUAUACCGAUCGAAGACUAUCGUAACUUGACCGCCUUUCGUCCGCGGACGCGGUCGCUUUCGGAUACAAACGAUCGUAUAGUCGCGCUAUAGUUGACAUCUUCCUGUAGUCCACCUUCGCUUCCGUCAAACGAAGAGUGGAGGUGUUCGCUAACUCAUAUCGACCCAAGAAAAAUGUAUCGCCUAAUAAAAUAUGAAUCAUUCACCCGCGCGUAUAAGCAUUAUAUCACGCGUUUCCGUUGGCGGCUCUGAUUUCUAAUCGCGCCGCAAGAGAGACGACCUAUUUAUAUCACUCUUCUCCCGUCCCCGUCCACCUCCUCCUACCCCCGCUCCGAAAAACCGGUAGUGUCAUUUCGAAGUAUCGAUGACUUAACAAUCACAUAUAAGUAUAACUAUGAAUAACGAUGGAACUUUCGUAUUAUGUAUUUUACAGGGUAGUUAUACUUAAUUUUUAUUAUCAUUAUUAAAGUAGCUGUGCAAAUCGGAACGACAACAUUGGCAUCGCGCGAUGCACCGUAUGCGCUUCCGAUCGCAAUCGAUGUAUUAGAAUUAAGAAAAAGACACUCGUAAUUCGUACACACAUGUAUAUGUAUCGUUUAUUGUCCAUACAAAUAAACUGAACGAUCAAGUCGA